AGCUCCACUUAUCAGUGAGUCUAAUAGGAAUGUGAAGAGAAUAGGCUUGACAGCUCAUUAAAAUGUUAUCCCUCCUCCUCCUCCUCUUCCCCCCCCCCCCCCUUCAAGUUGAUGGAAACUCUUUCAGGAAAGAAGUACUUAUUUGCUGAGGUAAAGCAAAGGCUGAGGAGGGUUUUGCCAGCCUGCAGCUGGGGAAAGGAGCAACGAGAAGUAUCAGAGGUGAUCUACACUUGGAGGUACCUGAAAUUUUUCCUGAUGUGAAGGAAAAUGAGGAUGAAAAAAAUACAAGACUCUACAUCCUGACAGCUGUUUGCGGCACAGGGAUUUCCUGCUCAUCAUCUCCUUAAAGAAAAGGGAAGAUAAACUGAGCCAGAGAGGGAGAGAAACUAGACUUGGGAAAACUUUUUCUGCUCUUAAUGGACUUAGGUACAUCCUCAGAUUCUUUGCCUGUUUUAACUUUUAUCGUAUGUGAGAAAUCAAUUCACUUCUUAGAAGACUGAGCACUUGGCUGAACUCUUAAUGUUUCCAGCCCCUUCAGAAGAGCAACAGCUGUAGCAACCUUGGGUUACGGUUCCCUGGCAUCUUGGAAGGAAAAGAUGGGAACUUGUCACUGAGGAAGGGGAGGUAUCCUUGAAGCAAGGAUGGAUGGAGCCUAUUCAACCCUGCUUUGAACUGGAUACAACACACUAACUUACAGAAGGUUAAAUCUUCCGUUGAAGAGGAAUAACCUAACAACCCCCCUAAUGGGUUUGUGUUGUCAACUGUGGCCUGAGCAACUGUUGCCCUGAGCCGUUUGACUUCUCUAGGUUUCGUAGUUGUGUGCAUUUUAAUUGAGUCUAAAGACCUAUUGGUCAAGGUGUGUGUGUGUGUGCGGGGGCACCUCAAGGUAGGUGGCAGGACUUUCCAGGGCCUCUUGUAUUUAUGCAGACUUCAAAGGGCUGAGUGGACUUACCUUUUCUUCAAGUGAGUCAGGUUUUUUAAACGAGUUGAUCUAUACCGUUUCAAUGUGUCCUGCUUGAACAGGUAUUUCUCCAGCAACCAGCAUAUUUGCACAUGCUGCUCAUUUGACGUUGCAUAGCCCAGUGGAUCAUCGUUAAUAGAUUUAACCCUUUCUUUUAUUCUUUUAGAGAGAAGUUUGUGUCUAUUCCUGUUAUUGGUGGUGGAAGUUUUUUGCACUUGGAGAGUGCCCUUCCUGACUUGGCCCCUCCCUUUUCAAAAUGAAGGGGUACAUCUGGGUAUUGGUGGCAACUUUACUUUGUCAGCAGCUUUGCCUCUUCAGAGUGAUGGCAGCAAAGAGAGAGAGAAAGACGAAGAAAGAACCUAAUCAGUAUACAGAGCCUUUCAAUAUUACUCUGUCAAACAGUGAAGAACUGCAUGGGCAUCCCAAGAUUCUAGAAUCUCCAGAUCCUCGAAUCACAGAUCCACGGCGUACCUGGAUUUCCUUUGUUCACCGCCCGGAUGAUGGCAACACCUCCAAAAGGAGAUGCAAAGGGAAAGACAAGAAAUUACGUGGCCUUGUUGGGCCGCCAGGACCUCCUGGUCCCCAGGGACCACCAGGAGCACCUGGUGCUGAAGUCACCCGGGAAGUCCUUCUGCAGGAGUUCAAGGAUGUAUUAAAAGAAGCCAUUGAGCGGCGGGCAUCCCUGGCUAUAUCAGCCCAUCCUAGCCAGCUUCCUCCGCUCCUGCUCUCCUUGGAGGAAGUUUCACCUCACAGACGCAUAGAGGAGGCGUUCCACUGCAAGCUAAAAGGACAAGUCAUUGUAGAUAAGAAGACCUUGGUAGAACUUCAGAACUUCCAGUCGCCUCUGGCUAAAGGAGCUUUUCUCCGGGGGACAGGCCUAAAUCUGGCAACAGGACGUUUCACAGCACCUGUAUCUGGUAUCUACCAGUUUUCAGCCAACGUCCACAUUGACCACAGUGAGUUGAAGAGUAAAGUCCAGCUCCGAGCCAGAGAUAAUGUCCGAGUGUUGAUCUGCAUUGAAUCUCUCUGCCACCGAUACACGUCUUUGGAAGUCAUUGCUGGUCUGGAAAGUAACAGCAAAAUCUUCACUGUUUAUGUGCAUGGCUUACUGCAGCUGCAGGCUGGUCAGUACACCUCCAUAUUUGUGGACAACAGUGCGGGAGCUCCCAUCACCAUUCAGAAUGGAUCAGAUUUCAUGGGCAUGUUAAUGGGUGUGUAACAUCAACAUCUGCAGCAGUGUAGCAGGGAAGGAUGUGAAUUAGAGCCUUUCAGUAUAUAUUUGACUGAAGAAAUGUUUACUUUGACCCUUGAGGACUGCUUCCUGUAGCUUGUUGGCAUCUUUUUAAACACAGUGAAGAGCCUUUUCUUUUGCAGACACUUCAGCUUGCUUUCAGAGGUUUUUCAAGGUGCCCACCAGUUCAUCAUAAAAUUAUACUUUUAUAAUUCAGAACCAAACUCUGUACUAUUCAAUUUGUGCUUCACCAGAUGCUCACUGAACAAUACACUGAAGUUUGGAAUUUGUUACUUUAUAGCUUUGUCACAAUAACAUUUGUAAUCGUGUCUUUGGGAUUGAUUUUUGAGGUGUUUGAGUUUGUAAAUGAAGGAUUCAGCGGAGAAGUAAAGUAGUGGCUAUAUUCUGUGUGUUGUGGGGGAAGGAGACAAAGAUUUGCCAGCGAAACUUUUUUUUUCAUACGACUGGAACAGUACAGGCACUCUAUCUUACUCAAACUUGGAUAUACCUGGCAAGAGGCAUGCUGAAUACUCAGACAAUGCCCGCUUCACAGGUGGGAAUCCAAGGCCUGAACUUUUUAAUUGUGAUUCUUUGUAUCUAAGUAUUUCCUUGAUCUAUUGUUGAAACUGAACACUGUUGCCUGUACAGUUCUGUUUUUAUGAAAGGGUAAGCCCAACCAGGCAAGGGCACCAGUUCUAGCAUGAUCAACAUUUAUUCUUAUGUUUUAGUAAGAUGUAAAUUUGGUUUUGGACAGCAUCACAUACACAGCGUUCUCUCAGGUGCCAUAUAUUCAUUUAAAAAUUUGUCAAAUUACAGUAGUUGCCAAAAGGCAGGCAAAGACGGUGACACUAGGAGCCUCAGAUCAGAUAUCACACCUGUUUAUGGUGCUUGUUUGACUGCAUUGAAAUAAUGAAUGAAAACCUAGGGUGAGACUUACUUUCACCAGGUGGCCAGGGUCAUACAGAGUCUAUCUGAGCUCUACUUAGGGGUUGUAAAUGCUGUCCAAGACCCUCUGAAAGCCAACUUGAAGGCAGUGAGUUGUUCUGGGUUUGUACAAGUCUCAGUUUGCAAAUGUAGGCAUGUGAAAUUGAUCUUCAAAAGCACCUUUCCAUGUAGCAUCAGACUAUAAACUGAUCUUAAAGUCAAAAGACGCUGAUGCUUCAUGUGUCAAUCAGUUAUGUUGCCCAAGAAGUGGUUAAAAACUUUUUAAUUAAAAAAAAAAAAAAAUCCCACUUAUUUUAUGUACCUCUGAAGCUUUCCCCUUUAACAGAGACUUAGGCCUUCAGCUGAGGUAACUUAAAUAGGGAAGUGGCUGGAUAACAAUCUGAUAAAUUCAUAGUAGCAAGGCCAAAAGUGGAGUCCAGAUGCUAAAUCCUGAAUGUACAUGAUGAAUAGGAAAUAUCCACUGUAUAAUAUUGUAAUUUUUGAUGAUCUGCUGCAAUAUCUUCAUGCAAUGAAAACAGAGGCUGCUGGGGACGCCAGAAGAUUGUCAUCUGUUGCUGGGUCUGUUGGUCAGGAUGAUCAAUAUAUGCUGUUUCUGCAAGCCCCAGUAACACUGCUGUUGAGGUUGGUGCACAAAGAUGUCUUAUUUCAAGAGCUGUGGAAAAAUCUGCUGUAAAACAGACGUGGCUGAAACUGCUUUUUUCAUUGCCAUUCUAAAUACCUGGAGACAAAUUUUGAAGGGAGAACUAAAUGAUAUUUUCCCUUUGCUAAGAAUGUAUUACAAUGGUACCUGAGGGAAGAGGGAGAAGAGAGUAGCAGGAAUAAUCUAAUAGUGCUAUUCAUCCUUCUAGUCAAUAGAAAGAAAAUGUUCUGACUGGAUUUGUGUGACUGUCUAAAAUAUAGCAUCUGUAAAGGUAUAUAUUACCCUGAAUUAAUUCUUGCUCCACAAUACAUGCCAGCCAUCCACAUGCCUGUGGAUUUUUUUUGUAGUAUGCUUUGGGAAGAAUGCACUUCUAAGCAUAAACUGUAGUGCUUCCCUGACAGAGGGAAUCCACACCUGUGGAAAGACAUAGCAAGUAGCCACAGUAAUGAUUUUGGGCCUUCAGAAAUCCCUAUCAACAAGGGUUGGCUGUUUACAUUGGAUUUUGAUGGAGUAGAUGUAGUCAGGGCAAGUGCCCUAUAUCCCAAAAUGUAUUACUCUACUGUACUUUAUAUUGUGUGAAUAUUUGUAAUAAAUUGAGCUGUUUUAUAUAAGACUUACAGCAACAAAAUCAGUGUUGUGACAUUCAAUGUAUAUUGUUAUACUGAUGAGCUUUUUUGAACAAACUCUCACUGUUCUUGGUAAAUCAGAGUUAAAAUAUUU